CGCUCUUCACGUUGCAACGUGUCGAGCUAGCGCGACGGCGUCAUGUCACCAGGACAGGAAAUAGCGGCCCCAGAAUGCAAAGUGCCGGUCCUCCGAUGGUGGAAAAUCUCCACGAUCCUCGCCGUCUUCAUCAGCACGCACGGAGGCCCGAUAAUGAUCAUAUCGGGCUCGAAUCGAUGUCCUGUGAUUGAAUUUGCUCGGGCGGUCGCAUGCGUAUGAUCGCCUGGAAUCAGUAUGGCAUGUGAGGCUGUCGGCCGUGAGGAAGUGCAGCAGCAGAUUCUGCAGAUGCGAUCAAUCGAAGCUUCGAGUGCAUAGCGGCACCGAUCGACGGCAGAGAGUCGUGCCUGGGACGCGGGGCGAGAGUAGAAUCGCUGGAGAGAGGACCUGCUCGCGCGGAGGUGGUGUAUGGGUGACGGAGGGGAGUGCGAACUGUCGACCACUUCAUUAUCCUCUGGCCUCCCCCCUUCUCGCCUGAGGCUCGAAGCAAUGGUUGAAUGAAGCUAUGUUCCUGUGGGAGGAGCACAAUUGAGGAGCCCGCGAGGGGUUCAUUCGAAUCCUCAGUCAUAUGACUGAGGAGCUAGUACAAGAUGUUGUCUUGUCGAUUUCAUUUUCCACCUUUCUGUAUAAACUCAUGUGGAGAGAAAGUACCUUCUCUGCAAGUCGGAUGUGGUCAACAAGUGUGGUCCUCAACCGACAGUCUCAUCAAACCACAUAAAUUUUGUCGGAGUUCCAAAAACAAAAGUGGGAAUGUUUUCAAGGCGAUGCCAGGCACUGCAGCACAUCACGAGUCAGAUACCAGGGGAAUGAAGAUUUAUCUUGUUUCUGACGUGCACACUGAUCAUGUAGAGAAUUUAGAGUGGAUUCGGAAUUUGUCACCUACAGAAUAUAAGCAACAUACCUUAAUCCUAGCAGGGGAUGUCAGCGACAAUCUUGAGACUUUUGAGAUUACUAUGAAACUGCUGAAGGAGAAAUUCAAUAAUGUGUUUUUUGUUCCCGGCAAUCACGACCUAUGGUGCAGGAGGGAAGAAGAUGACGUAUCGGAUUCACUCAGCAAGCUGGAGAAACUGAUAGAAACCUGCCGUUCUAUUGGUGUUUUGACAAAUCCAUCGAACAUAAAUGGAGUGUGGAUUGUGCCUAUUCUUUCGUGGUAUCAUGAGAGUUUUGACAGGGAAAAAGAUAUUGAUGGCUACAAUAUACCCUCUGUGCAAAAGGCCUGUAAAGAUUUUUCAGCUUGCAAAUGGCCUUCUCCUCUUGACACUUCAAAUGAUUCUAUCGCCCGUCAUAUCGAUGGUCUCAACGAUGCAACCUUGAACACUCUUCCGGAUCUUCAGCAUGCGGACUGUCAAGUCAUCACGUUUUCACAUUUUCUUCCGAGGUUUGAACUUUGCCCUGAGAAGCGAAUGCUUCUGUACCCUAAGCUACCAAAAAUGAUAGGUUCGGAUUGGCUCGAAGCCAGAGUGCGGAGAUUUCAUGGAGAGAGGGGGAGUGAUACUGCCUGCCAUUUAUUUGGUCACACUCACUUCGCUUGGGACUCAACUCUCGAAGGAAUAAGAUACAUACAAGCACCCCUUGCUUAUCCUAAAGAAAGAGCGCGGAUGCAAAAUGGAGCUCAGAAGGAACUGCCUAUAUGUAUAUACGACUCAGACAGAGGUGGUUUGUUGCAAGAUCCUUUUCCCUCUAGAUGGUCCGAGUAUUAUCGCAGAAAUAAACGAGAGCCAGAUAAUCAAAAAUUAGCACCAUGGGUUGAACAUCAUUAUCAUCAUCAAAAACAUCAUCAAAUACAUGUAGAUAUCUGAUAAUGUUAAUCACCUUACGUGUUGACAACAACUUACCGGUCUAAUUUUUUUUGUUUUCGGCUAAUACUGGAUGUUUGCCAGAUUCUUAAUUCUUGAGAUUUUUGCAUGAAUUUGGAUGGCCUCACGACCACCGUCUGCCUAUAUUUUUUGUACCUCUUACCACUUGGUAUGUAGUGGUGGGAUUACAAGGAUCAUCAGUAUGCUAUGAAACUCACAACAUCUAUAUCCUUCAACAAGGAAGGAAAGGUCCCCUUUUUAAGCAAGGGAGUCCCUGUGGGCA